AUGUUAUAUAUUCGAUUCCUUAACCACUUUGCUGCCAUCUCCUACGGAGCCCCGGUUCUAGCCAAUUUGGUUCUUUUACCUUGCCAACAGAUCUGCCAUGUCAAAUAUCGUCGAGCCCUCUGGGGUGAGCAUCAGACUUGCCUCCAAAGCAUAAGAAUCGCUCCUAACCAGGUUAGCUCAUUUUCUUAA